AAUGGUUAUUAUUUACCAUACUACAAGAGAGAAAGGAACAAACGGAGUACACAAAUCACAGUCAGAUUCCUCGACAACCCAAAUUACAGCAAAAAUAUCCGCAAAAAGGAUCCUGUUCUUCUGUUACACUGGUGGAAGGAAAUAGUUGGGACAAUUUUAUUUUGUAUCAUAGCAACAACUUUUAUUGUGCGCAGACUUUUCCAUCCUCAUCCUCACAGACAAAGGAAGGAAUCUGAAACUCAGUGUCAAACUGAAAAUAAAUAUGAUUCUGUAAGUGGAGAAGCCAAUGACAGUAGCUGGAAUGACCUCAAAAACUCUGGAUAUGUAUCACGAUAUCUAACAGAUUUUGAACCAAUCCAGUGCAUGGGUCGUGGUGGUUUUGGAGUUGUCUUUGAAGCUAGAAACAAAGUAGAUGACUGCAAUUAUGCUAUCAAGAGGAUCCGUCUACCCAAUCGUGAAUUGGCUCGGGAGAAGGUAAUGCGAGAAGUUAAAGCCUUAGCCAAGCUGGAACACCCAGGUAUUGUGAGGUAUUUCAAUGCCUGGCUGGAAGCACCACCAGAGAAGUGGCAAGAACAGAUGGAUGAAAUUUGGCUGAAAGACGAAAGCACAGACUGGCCACUCAGCUCUCCUAGUCCAAUGGAUGCACCAUCUGUUAAAAUUCGCAGAAUGGAUCCUUUCUCUACCAAGGAACAUAUUGAAAUCAUAGCUCCUUCACCUCAAAGAAGCAGGUCUUUUUCAGUGGGGAUUUCCUGUGGCCAGACGAGUUCAUCCGAGAGCCAGUUCUCUCCACUGGAACUCUCAGGAAUAGCCCAUGGGAAUGGCAGUGGGUCAGUGGAUGCAGCACACAACCUCCAGGACAGUUGCCUAACAGACUGUGAUGUGGAAGAUGGUACUAUGGAUGGCAAUGAUGAAGGGCACUCCUUUGAACUUUGCCCUGCUGAAGCUUCUCCCUACGUAGGGUCAAGGGAGAGAACUUCCUCUUCCAUAGUGUUUGAAGAUUCUGGUUGUGAUAACGCAUCCAGUAAGGAAGAGCCCAAAACUAAGCAGCUACACAUUGGCAACCAUUAUACUAAUAAACUAACUGAUUUCAAGUAUUCCAGCAGCAAAUCUUCUUCUGAAGCUACAUUGUCCCUUUCUCCUCCAAGACCAACCACUUUAAGUUUAGAUCUCACUAAGAACACUACGGAGAAACUCCAGCCCAGCUCACCAAAGGUGUAUCUGUACAUUCAGAUGCAACUGUGCAGAAAGGAAAACCUCAAAGACUGGAUGAAUCGACGGUGUACCAUUGAGGAGAGAGAGAGGAGCGUGUGUCUGCACAUCUUCCUGCAGAUUGCAGAGGCCGUGGAGUUUCUGCACAGUAAAGGACUCAUGCACAGGGACCUCAAGCCUUCCAACAUAUUUUUUACAAUGGAUGACGUAGUCAAGGUUGGAGACUUUGGAUUAGUUACUGCAAUGGACCAAGAUGAGGAAGAACAAACGGUUCUGACUCCAAUGCCAGCUUAUGCCACACACACAGGACAAGUAGGGACCAAACUGUAUAUGAGUCCAGAGCAGGUGAGUCUUUCAGACCUGGCAUCAGCAUGGCAGUAAGCCAACUAUACCUGAUGAAUCUCUUCCCAUUAAAGUAUCCAGUAGUAUAUUAAAGUAUCAUUAAAGUAUCCAGUAGUAUAUCGCCUGAAAAGUAUGAAGCUAGUGUGCCACAGGCAACACAACUCCAACCUGAAUUAGAGGUAGAGGAAGAAGAGUACAGUGCAUAAAGCAUGCUCUCACCGUCUGAACCAGAGCCUGGCAACAAGAAGUUUAGAAAGAGUCUUGAAAGCCACCUUCCCAAACUUAAUGCUAGCUUGCUCUGUGUGGACAAUGUAGAAACUGUUUUCAGAGCCAGAUAGAGACAGAGGUUCUGUACCAAACCACCCUCUGGUUAUGCACAGACAGGUU